AAAGACCUCAGGCCAUGGACACAGCAGCAGCCCAGAGAGGGAACAUUGAGUUAACGGGGGCUAUGGUUUCUACUGUUGCUUCCCCUGCAGGCACGAUGUCUGCCAGGAGGCUACGCAGUGAAGACUACAACGACUACAGUUCGACGGAAGCUUCUCCUGAUAGCGGCCCCCCAGAGGGCUUAAGUGGCUUUUCCUCCCCAUCGUCCUACCAGCGGUUUGGAGAAGCAGAUGGGACGACAUGGUUUCAAACCUUAAUACACCUCUUGAAAGGGAACAUCGGCACAGGCUUGCUGGGGCUCCCGUUAGCUGUGAAAAAUGCUGGUAUUGUGAUGGGCCCUAUCAGUUUGUUUGUGAUUGGAAUAAUCGCUGUGCACUGUAUGCAUAUCCUGGUGAAGUGUGCCCAUCAUUUCUGCAACAAACACCAAAAACCCUUUGUGGAUUAUGGGGAUGCUGUGAUGCAUGGUCUGGAAGCCAGCCCCAGUGCCUGGCUCAGGAAUCACUCCAUCUGGGGAAGGCAUAUAGUGGGGUUUUUCUUGAUUCUCACUCAGCUGGGGUUCUGCUGUGUGUAUUUUGUAUUUCUAGCUGACAAUCUGAAACAGGUGGUAUCUGCUGCCAAUGCUACAACCAGCUCCUGCGAUGGCAACGAAACCAUGGUGUUGGCUCCCACCAUGGACUCCCGGUUAUACAUCUUGUCCUUGUUGCCAUUUGUGGUACUGUUAGUCUUCAUCCAGAACCUCAAGUUCCUUUCCAUUUUCUCUAUGCUGGCCAAUCUUGCCAUGAUCUGCAGUCUGCUAAUGAUAUACCAGUAUAUUGUCAGGGGCAUUCCAGACCCUAGCUCCCUGACUCUUGUGGCUCAGUGGAAGACAUACCCUCUGUUUUUUGGCACUGCGGUCUUUGCUUUUGAAGGCAUUGGAGUGAUACUCCCUCUAGAAAACAAGAUGAAGAACCCUCAACAGUUUCCCACCAUCCUUUAUGUGGGCAUGGGACUUGUCACUGUCCUCUACAUCACCCUGGGAGCUUUGGGAUACAUGCGUUUUGGAGAUAUGAUCAAGGCCAGCAUAACACUCAAUCUGCCUAACUGUUGGUUGUAUCAGUCUGUCAAGCUGUUGUAUUCUUUUGGGAUCUUCUUCACUUAUGCAUUGCAGUUUUACGUCCCUGCAGAAAUAAUCAUUCCUGUGGCUGUGUCUCAGGUCCCUGAACGCUGGGCAUUGUGGACCAACCUGUUCCUGAGGACAUGUCUGGUUUGCGCAACAUGUCUCCUAGCAAUUCUGAUUCCUCGGCUGGACAUUGUCAUCUCCCUGGUGGGUUCAGUGAGCAGCAGUGCACUAGCUCUGAUCAUUCCACCCCUUCUGGAGAUUUCCACCUACUACUCUGAAGGCAUGCAUCCCGCUACCGUGGUCAAAGAUGUGGUGAUCAGUCUCGUGGGCUUUAUUGGAUUUGUGGUGGGGACCUACGAGGCUCUUUUGGAACUCAUUGUACCAACAGUUUCUAAUGCCACAAGUGCCUUACAGUGACAAUUCAACUUGCACACGGCGGCGUUCAGUUCUGCAUUGCCAUGGAUUCCCCCCUCCCCUGCUCAGCCACUCGCCAUUUGGUCAGGCUCUUGAUUCUUCUUCUAGCAGCUCCAGUGAUUUUUGUCCCACCCGGCUUUCUGAGCAUCUGUGCUCUGCGGCUGUAAGGACCAGGCUACAAUGGGAAAAGAGAGCACAGGUCUGAGCCCUCAUGAUGUGAGGAUUGGCCUCUGGCUGGAAUGGACAUACCUCUUUCUGUUUGUCUGGGAAUCUACUCCCCUUAGACACUAAAUUGUCUGUAAGGAUUUGAGUUAUAGUGACACACAAUAGCCUUCUGGAUUCAGAGCAGUGAAUGGGUGGGACUUAAGAAUCUCAGAACUCUGAGCGGUUACAUUUGAGUCCAGUAAUACCCUAGAGACUAACAUGAUUUUCAAGAUAUAAUCUUUUGGGAGUCAUACUUGAAUGGGAAUGGAGAUCUGGGUCUUUUUAUCCCAGUCAGGUAGUGGGAGGGGUGUUCUAAAGAAUGCUUUGUAAAGAUACAGUGCUCUGAAGUCAACCUUAUCAAGGCCCUUAAGCAUCAUAUUACCAGGCCUUGAGAAGAAAGAACUGCCCCCCCCACCCACACACACAUACACAUACACAUUCUGUUUUUGAUCCUGUUCCAAAGCAC